CAACAACAAGUGGCGAGCCGUUCCUGAGUUUUUCCCGACGUGCUUGUGGAAAGUGUCCGGCGCUUUCCAUCCGAGUGUGGCCUCGUUUAACCCAGGGACGUGUGUUGUAACAGGGAUCGUCCGGUGGUGGUGCUUUGUUCCGAUCGAAGGAAAGAUGCGCUCGGUCUUGGGGGAAGGAGCAGCGUCUGCAGUUUUGUUGAAUAUUUGAUAAGAUAACGGCAGUUAAAGAAAGAAACCCGUCCCUCGCGAUUGUCUCAGGCUGUGCACACCUUUGGAAGAUGGGUUACGACUACGAACUGCUACAGCAGCAAGAUUCAUCCGAGCGUACGCAGGCUCCGGCGGGAGCGAGGCGGAAAGGUGGAUCCGGUAGCAGCAAGUCGUCCGGUGGCAGUAAUCUUCGCUUUUCAUUCAUCUGCCUGGUGAUCAGCGCUGCUCUGCUGAUCUUCCUGCUCGGCGCGUAUACCGAUUCCUUCCAUCCAAUCAUUGACGGUAUCGCCGGACGGCUCGGUUACCACGAGAAAAUCUAUGCCGUCGUGAUCGAUGCCGGUUCGACGGGUAGCCGCGUGUUGGCGUUCGAGUUUCACCAUGGUUACCUUGAUGGGCGGCUCGUACUCGAUUACGAGCUGUUUCAGCAAUCAAAACCGGGAUUGUCGGCGUUUGCUGAGCGGCCACAGGACGGGGCGGCCAGUAUCGACAAACUGCUGGAUGCGGCCAAGAAGGUAGUCCCAAAAGAGAAGCUAUCGCAAACGCCGCUAGUACUGAAGGCAACAGCCGGGUUGCGGUUGCUGAAGCCCGAACAGGCUGAAGCCCUGCUCACCGCCUGCCGCGAUCUGUUCCGCACGUCCGGGUUCCUGGUGGACGAGCAGGCGGUUGAAAUCAUGGACGGUACGGAUGAAGGGAUCUUUUCGUGGUUCACGGUGAACUUCCUGCUCGGCAAGCUCAACAGUCGCAACACGGUGGCCGCCCUGGAUCUCGGCGGUGGUAGUACGCAGGUUACCUUUGCACCGAGGGACGUCUCUCAAACGCCUCUGUACAAUGCGUACAUGCACCGUGUUCCGACGCUCGACUCGUACGUGGAAGUGUUUACGAACAGCUACCUGGGGGCCGGAUUGCACGCCAUGCGGCAUGCAGUCUUCACGCACGGGGCGGCCGAGAACGAGACGCGGCUGGCGAGUGAAUGCGUCAACCCGAUCAUCCACGAUAAGCUAUUCCGGUACGGCACGGGUCAAUACCACAUCAGUGGUAAGGAUAACCCCAAGGCAACGACCGAGAAUCCGAUGGUCGAUUACGAACGGUGUGCGACGAUCGUACGGGAGAAGCUGCUCCCAACGCUUAAACCGAAGCCGGUCACACUGAAGCAGCACGAAAUAUCCGCUUUUAGCUACUUUUUUGAUCGUGCUAUCGAAACCGGUCUCGUAGAUCCUAUUCAGGGAGGCGAAACGACGGUCGGCGAGUUCGUUAGCAAAUCGCGAGCAGUCUGUGCGGAAGCGAAUGCCGAUCAGCCCUUCAUGUGCGUCGAUUUAGUAUUCAUCUCGACGUUGCUCGAAGAAGGCUAUGGAUUGAAGGCCAAGACGCCGCUUAAGCUGUACAAAAAGAUCGAUGGUCACGAAAUAUCAUGGGCCCUGGGGUGUGCUUAUAAUAUUCUGACAAGUCGCGAAAAUGCAAGCAAGCACUAACGACGCUUAUUGGACAACAGAAAUGCAUCUCCAUUUCUGCGCUUCUUUCAUACAAAAUUUGUAUGAGCCCACACAGCACCGCACGGAACGGGCAGCGGACGAUAGCAACAAACAUACAAUCAGAUCAGACUUUGAACCACCCACCCACAUAUACAAAAUGGCGCAGGAACUCGCUCUCUGGUGUGAGAGCGAUCCUUGCGUAAGGUUCGUUGAGAUACUAGGCAGCAGGAAACCGACGAAGAGAUAUUAUUUUAUAUCCGAUAUAUACAACCGCGAAGCAAUUUUUUACACAAAUCCUCAAUGUUUCUAUUUUACACUUACAAUCAACCGUGGACGUGGACGUAGACGUUGUUGGAACACUGAAGCGGAUUGGCAACAGAUUUUCUUGUUUAUCGCUGUCGUUGUCGUCGUUUACUGUUAUACAUCGGAAGGUGGGAAGUCCUCGAAAGGAAUGAAUGUACGAUAAACCAUUGUGGUUUGUUUUAAAAAAGCACUCAAAAGACAAGACUAUUUUGUAGCCAAUCAAUCAUUAAGACAGUUCCGCAAAGAAACACUUCAACCGCAUGCAAGGAUGCGAGCGAGUCCUUCUGACCGAUUCGUUCCCGAAGCAAGGUUUUAUUGGGACAACUGAAUUUUAACAACCGUGUAGACAGAAAUAACUGAAGCCGAACAAUUUGAUUCCUUGCCGUGAAAACUAUAUCCAGAAUGUGCCUUUUUGUAUUCGGUGUAAACUGAAACCGAAACAAAUCACGAUUACCGAAACGAUAUCAGCUAUCAGGCAAAGUGGCCAACACACCCUGUGGAGGGGGAAAGGGGAUAAAGAAAGAAAAAGAUGAGAAACGUUUCCUCAGCUAAGCCUCAGCAAUAUUACUAUAAAAUAUCAUGUUAGUAGAUUCGUUGUGGAGCAGCAAGUAGUGCAAGUCAUUCUAUAGCACCAUAGAAGAGAUAAGAUAAGACGCACGAGGGUACUAUUUGUUGUAGUAAAUAGCGGAACAGUAGUAGAACGACAAUUCUCUCUGAGAGGCUAAAUGCGUCCCGUAGUUUAAAAUGCGACCCGUAGUGGUGUUGGCCACUUUAGAUUCGUUAGUUGCACAAAUCCUUGUGAUGCACAAUGCACCCACCAGCCGCACCAGCCAGAGCACAUUUUAUAAACCGCGUAAUAUCACCGUUUUAGCAAAUCGCCCUCAUCAUGUUCUUCGCACUGUCCAUCAGCGUAUGUGUGUUGUGUGCUAUGUUAUCCUUUGUUUCCUCAUUGUUGUUGUUGAUGUCGAGAAUGGAAGUAAUUUUGAAAAGAGCAAUACAGUGGCCACACUAGCAGAAUGCCCCUUCCGGCCGAUGUACUAAGGUUUAUCCCGCAUACAUUGUCACAUUCCCACUUGGCACUUCCUUCAGCCGUGCGCCGUACGCGUAUCUGAAGAGUAGCAGUAAUGGCACAGAACAAAAUUAGCAUGUUUCUGUUCGGUGAUAGAAAAGCCUGGUACGGUGGCUCGCAGGUAAUUUAAGAAGGCCAUUCAGGGGAUUCUGGGAAGCCAUUGUAAGUAAACAGUGUGAUAAAUAUAUGACCAUCCCAAAAUAAA